CAGGUCGCUUUGCAAGUGGCCAGGCAAGUCUUCCUGCUGAGCACCGCGCACCGAACAGCUUUGUACAAGAGGCCUCUCCACGAGACACAAAGCUACCAGCGCACCUCCUGCAAGAGCACAGCAAGGUUGAUCUGCGUCGAGAUUCGGGUUGCGCAUACGGCAUCGGCCUGUACUAUACAGCAGUACAAUACGCGCAGUUCUCACUCGUGUGUCGUGAAUAUGGAAUUCAUCAAUACGUUGAUGAAGCUGGAGGGCAACCGCAUGCAUGGAAGCCUCACGAAGAGACUUUCGGGCGAUGCCUGGAAGGACGCGGUCGCCACGGCCGCCGUAUACACCGUCUUCAUCGCGGGCAUCCCCCUAGUCAGGGCUAACUGGCACCACAUCCAGCAGCACAUGCAAGCCAGCGGCAUCACCUUCUUCUACAGGCUGGGGAACACCUACGAGACGACCAUCAGGUUCCAGAAACCGGACCGCGAGAGCUUUUACUACGGGCAACCAGAGGCGGUCGAGGACUCCCAGGAAGGGAAAAAGAACAACAUCCUGCAGAAGGCCAUCCUGCUCUACAUCGGACACCUGGAUCUCCACUACAGGAGAUCUCUGGCCUUUUUGACCGCUGUCAAGCAGAAGCCCGCCGCGACCAAGGGGGAUGGCGUUCAUAGAUACAGGAGGCCGGUGCCUAAGGUGUACGGUGGCUCCGCCGACCAGCUGAAACGCUUCAGCAUCAACAUCGCGCCCCCGGAGCAAAUCUGGGUGGAAGUGGACAAGGAGAACGGCGUCUGGUUUAAGCAGACGAAGGACGUCGAAAAGCUCCCCGAGACAGAGGCGUCGUCCAAGAGCUCCUCCCGCAGGGCCCCACCGACGAUUGUCGACUACACCUUCCGGUGCGCCGGGCCGGAGGGACAGGAGAAGGUGAAGAACUUCAUCACCAAUGCGUACGCUUGGUACACCAAAGAAAUGGAGUCCACAGAAGACAACGCGAGAUACAUGUGAGUCAAAACAAAAGCAAGCCCAGAUGGUGCAGUGGGCCAAUGGGCAUGUGGGGACAAACAAGGUCGAGUUCCAUGAACAGGACGAUGUACACACGUGGACACGUCGUACGUGAAUAAGGAGCAGAUACGCGGGGAGUGUCUAGGUACAUACACGUCAUUCGAGGCACACAUUGGCACUCAACUUAUUCACCAGGAGUCGUUUUCUUCUUGCUGAACUGCCCUACGAGAGAGGAUAACUUAAAGACAAUGUCAUAAUUUUUCCCAUGCUACAAAGGAAGACUCGUCCUUGUCACAUCCCGGAAUAUCCUCUGACUUGUUCCCGGGGGACACUAUCUUUUUUGCCCACAACGAUAUCCCCGGGGGUAUCUCUACGGUAAGGGGGACACGUUC